UGCGAUGACGUUAUACGACUGAAUAGACUGAACAUGGACGCCAAGCAGAAAUCUAGUGUCGCCGACGGGACUAUUAUUGCCUCCUCAAAUAACGAACCUCACGGAGGCCAACAUGGGGCUGGAUUAGAACAUCCACCGCCAUACACCCAAGUGCCACAGUAUAGAGUGGAAAAUCCACAACCUGGAUCCACGAACUUCGGAGGGAGCGUUCAACAGCAACCCUUCUAUUCCCAACAGCCGGGUGCAUUUCAUCCGCACAACCCCGGGUAUCCCAGACCAUAUUAUCCUGGUCCUAAUGUCGUCAGUGGAGAAGACAUCCGUCGUCGGCAGCAGGAGAUACAUGUCCAACAAGGGAUCGCGAACACGGUGGUGAUCAGUCGUAGACUCCCUCGGCGAAGCUGCAGCUACCGUCUCGCCCGACUCGGCGUUUCGUUCUUACUGGUAGGUUUGGUAUUGCUUAUACUGCUUGGAGUCCUCAUUGUCCAUCCCACCAUGAACGACAUGAAGCUGGAGAGCGCCGAAUGCAGAGUCAUCUCCAGUGAAAUGACGGUAGUAGAGAAAAGUUGUAGUUGUGGUCGCUACUGCUCUUCGAGUUACCCUUGUCUUGAGAUAACGGUGAGCUUUAACGCUGGCGGCGAGGAACACUCUGCUUAUCUGUAUGAAAAUGUUUACGACAGCAAAAACAAGUGCAGCACUCAACCCUGUGAUCAGUUUUCUGACAACCGUGAAAGUGUUUCAGACUUCAACGACAACUACGGCUCAGUUAAUGACACCUACACCUGUUUCUACAAUCGUAAGAAGCUUGAUGAGGUGUUUUUAACAAGAUCUUCAGUAGAAAAUGAUAAGAUGAAGAUUCUGCACUGUAUUUUGUGGCCAAUGCUCAUCAUUGUAAUGAGCAUUGGUCUCCUUGGUACUCUGUUUUGCCGAUCCAAAGGCCACUGCUGCUUUAGGAAGAGAAAUGGUUCUUCUGUUCCCUACCAAGGCCUACAGCCAACAACUUAAUGUCAUGAUGAGUCUGAAUGCACUUGGGGGAAUCAUUUCACUACUUGUAACUAAGAAAUGCUAAAGCCCAAGGGAAACAGCAUCUAAUUUCUUCGUAUGAUUUCACCCAGGAAUCACACAUCAAAGUUAGGAGAAUAAAGGAAAUGAUCACUUCCUUAAAAAGCUCUUGAGAUAACAAAUUUUCCUUGUCAGCACCUAAGGAAAUGUAUAGAAAACAGUAUGGAGAAUAUGCAUACUGAUCUUAUGGUGUGAAGAGUUGGGUAACAGGAUUUCAAUGAGGCUGAUAAUAAAUUACAAUGAAAAUAUUUUGGGCAGUAGCUUAAAGUGGUUGUCUGCAAGGUUCACAUACCUAAUUUCGGUCUUUUCACAGAUUUCUGUGAAAGUUUGAAUGUUAGUUGCACUUGGUUAUGAUGGUUUAAAAAUUAGUUGACUUUGUUGUGUGGUAAAAUUUUACUUUAUUCCACAUGACUUGUGGACUCCUGGGCCACAGGUAUGUUAGUACCAGGAAAGACAUAAUUAAUUGCAUUAAGAUGUGGCAAAGACCUGUCCUUUGUGACCAAAAAUUAAGUACUUAGCUGUUUCUGUAGAUACUGUGAUUGUUAAAUGACAUGCAUGGAAUAAGUGAUGGCAUAGAUAAUAAUAUUGCCCAGACUGUAAUAAUAGGUAAAGAGGGGGUACAUUUCUAAAGAAACUGUUGUUUUUUGUAGGUAGGAAGCAUAACAAGAUAAUUUGUUUUUAUCAACUAAGUUGAUGAU